AGUCAGCAUCCAAAUAUAGGAUGUUUCUAAAUUGAUGAAAAGACAACUUUAAUAAUACACCCACUUCACGUAUAAAACAAAUUAACAAGCAAAAGAAUAAAAACAAAGAGUCGCUAACUUUAUUGCUAAUAUUAUGUACAGCUUCGUACAUAUAAACCAAAACACAUGAAAUGUAUUUCAGCAAAAAAGUAAUAAUAAUAAAAAAACACAUAAAAUGUAAAAGUAGAUAAAAACAGAGAUGGAUUUAAUUGUUAAUAUUAGCCAGGAUGGCUGGAUUUUCAAACCCAACUGAGUUAUCCCGGUAUUUUCCUAAUGAAGCUCCUAAUGAAGUCAUAAAAGAUUUGUUCGUUGCUAAUUGCAUUUAGAGUUUGGGCCCUAGAGAUGUCAUACGGCAGCCUUUUUUAGCCUGGGAUUUCUGCAUGAUAGCAUCCAAUUUUAUCAAAAUAAACAAAUAAAGCACAUGAAAUAUCAAAAGAAGUGUAUACAGCAAAUUUUAAGGUGUAAUUAGAGUCCGUCAGGGUUCCUAGGCCCAAAAUCCAAUGAAGUGUACCAUUGUUUUUAGGUGCCCAACCCAAAAGCCCAAAUCCAAAAAAUGUCCAAACGAGUAGUCCAAACGACAAAAGAGACCCCAGAGACGGCAUUCUAUGGCGUGCCGUCCGAUGGCGAUGGAUUUCGUACCCUUUCAUUGUCGUCACAUUCCAACUUUUCGUCCUCGACAAUUCCGUUUAUUGUCUUAGUCAAAAUCAACUCUCUAUCUUUGUUCCACUCUCUUUUUAUUGGGAUUUCUGUUGGACUUCCAUUUCUCAUUUUCCACUGAACUCUGCUUACAGAGAGAGAGAGAAGAGAAAGCAAAUAAUAGUGUGGUAAUGGCUGACUGGGGUCCAGUGGUGAUUGCACUGGUGCUUUUUGUAUUGUUGACACCAGGCCUGCUAUUUCAGCUCCCAGGGAACAACAGAGUGGUGGAUUUCUGCAACAUGCAGACCAGUGGAAUUUCUAUAUUGGUUCAUACCAUUAUUUACUUUGGUCUCAUUACUAUAUUCCUCAUUGCUAUUGGUGUUCAUAUCUACCUUGGCUAAGUGGGUUUGUUUUUAUUUUUUUUAUUUGGGUUUUGGGAUUUGGACAAUAUUCAGAUGGGUUAGGAAGCAAUUUGUGAGAAAUUUAUAUUGAUUGUGUUCCAAAUUGUGAUUUUAUCUUUUAUUUAUUUAUCUAUUUUCUUUUCUUUUGGCAAAGUGUUUUUUGAAGCAGACAUAUGUUAUAAUAUUCAAUCCAAAAAUUUGGUGGGUGGUCUUAGAGAUGGUAAGAAAUUUGUCACUUAAUAAAAUUACAAUUGUACCAUUUGAAUCCUUUUCCAAGUAAUGAUUUAUAGAUUAGCUAAUGUAGUUUUAUGUUGGAAUAUAAAACUUCAUGAUUUGCUUUUCUUUUUUUACUCAAAUCUAAUCCAGGUUUACCAUCUAUGUACCUAGUGAAAAAAACUUGUAUAUGUACCUAGUGA